AGGAGGAGCUUCGGGUCCCAGCGAAGUCCGUCAUUCCGAGGCCAGGAGCUGCAGGGAGAGAAGAGAAGGGAGACAGAAGAAGAGAGCGUGGGGAAGAGAAGGCAGCAAGUAGGAGAGGGCAGUUGCCUGGGGAGAGAGGAGAGGAGAGAGGAGGCAGAAACACUCUUGGAUCAAAAGAGGAGAACCAAGGAGUAGACAGGCUACAAAAUGGCAUUGCUCCUGUGGCUGGGGUCCCAGCUCUCCUUCUUCUGGAGCAGCAUCUCUGUGCCAGCAGUUUUUCUUACUGUCUUUAUGUUGCUUCUCGACUUCAUGAAGCGCAGGAAGAAGUGGAGCCGCUACCCGCCGGGCCCCGUGCCGCUGCCGUUCGUGGGGACCAUGCUGUACAUUGACUUCCGCAACCCCCACCACACCUUCAAGCAGCUUUGUAAGAAGUAUGGAAAUGUCUUCAGUCUCCAGAACUGCUGGACCAACGUGGUUGUACUGAAUGGGUAUAAAGCAGUGAAGGAAGCCCUGGUGCACCAGUCAGAAGACACUGCUGACCGGCCAUACUUGCCAGUAUAUGAACAUGUGGGCUACGGACAUCAAUCUGAAGGGAUUGUUUUAGCAAGAUAUGGACACGUCUGGAAGGAGCAAAGGAGAUUCGCGCUCUCUACCUUGAGGAACUUUGGGAUGGGAAAGAAAUCCUUGGAGGAGCGAGUGAUAGAGGAAGCGGAAUUUCUGUGCUCUGCAAUCAAUUCCGAAGAAGGUCGUCCUUUCGAUUUACGUUUUCUUGCAAACAAUGCUGUCUGCAACAUCAUCUGCACCAUCGUCUUUGGGGAGCGUUUCAGCUACGGUGAUGAGACAUUCAAGAAGCUGUUACAUUUGUUUGAAAACAUGAUGAAGGAAGAAGCUGGAUUCCUGCCUCCGCUUCUCAACGAAGUGCCCAUUUUGUUGCGCGUUCCUGGAGUGGUACAGAAUGCCUGUCGAGGUCAAAGGGCAUUCAUGGACUUCAUAGAUGUGCUCAUAGAAAAGCACAAGGAGACGUGGAACCCUGCUCACAUCCGAGACUUGACUGAUGCCUUUUUAAAGGAAAUGGAGAAGGGCAAGGCUGCUGAAGAGAGUGGUUUCAACUACAAGAAUCUGCGUACGGUGACCUUAGACUUGUUUGUAGCUGGUUCUGAGACCACCGCCACCACCCUCCGCUGGGCCUUUCUGCACAUGGUUCUCCACCCAGAAAUACAGAGUAAGGUCCAAGCAGAGAUUGAUAAGGUGAUUGGCAGCGAGAGACCACCCACCAUGGAGGACCAAGUGCGCUUGCCCUACACCAAUGCUGUGAUCCACGAAGUGCAACGCUACGCAGAUAUCCUUCCUCUGGGACUACCUCACAUGACAUACCGGGACACUGAGUUGCAAGGCUUCUUCAUUCCCAAGGGGACGACACUCAUCACCAACUUGUCUUCCGUGCUGAAGGAUGAGACAGUCUGGGCGAAGCCAAAUGACUUUUACCCGGAUCACUUCCUCAAUGCAAACGGGAAGUUUGUGAAACCAGAGGCCUUCCUGCCUUUCUCAGCAGGUCGCCGUGUCUGCCUGGGGGAAGGGCUGGCCAGGAUGGAGCUCUUUAUUUUCUUCACCACUCUCCUGCAGAAAUUCACCUUUGUGCUCCCCGAAGACCAGCCCAAGCCACGGGUGGACAGUGUGUUUGCCCUCACAGUCUCCCCAUACCCAUACCAGGUGAAAGCCAUCCCCAGAUAAAUGCACACCUCUCUCCUUUCACUCACAGACCAGCACCAAUGCAAACUCUUGUCAGAAAUGUUUCAGGUCCAGGCAGGAUCAUGCUGGGUUCCAGUCAAGAUUUCUCAAAUUUAUGCAGAUGUUCCCAGCUGUGUAAAGUAAGAAUCUGGCCCAAUAUAUACAGUUUAGUUUAAUUCCAGUCUUGGAUCUUGAAUCAGACAGAAUCAGAAAGAAUUAGGUUACAAAUCAUGAUCAGUUUUUCAAGUACAUACAUGCCUAAUCAGCCAGCUUUGCUGUACUUUGGGACUCUCACUGGUUGCAGAAGCAGUUCACUGAGCACACAGCAACUGAAAAAAUUAUUAGUCCUGAAUUAGUUUACAGAAAUACAAGGGUAUCCUGGGUAAAAGACAAUGCUGGGGUCCUGCCACUUCUAGGAGAAAAAAAAAACACCACCACUUGGACAAAUUCUGGCCCACUCCCUUCCUCGUUAGCCCCAGGCCAUACCCAGCCACGCCCUGCCUUCUGUGCGGUGCUGCUGUCCCACAGCAGCGUGUCCCUCUGCCUGGUGCCCAGGGGAGUCCAGCUCUGGCUUGGUUCCUGCAAAAACAAUCCAUGGCUCGUCAGCUGAUUUGGCAGCUGCUGCUGUUGGGUGGGGAGCUUCAGCUCCACCAGCAAGGUGGCUUCUAAAUGCAGUUUCAGAACAGUGCUCUUGAAAAGUCUUACCAUUCAAUACAUAAUCCCUUCAUUCCUUGUUGUUUAAUGACUACUCCUGUCCAUUGCACACACCUUGCAUUGCCUUUGCAGCCCGAAGAAAGUAUGUUGUAAUCCAGAGAAAUGCCUGACAACCCUUAUGUCACACUAUGCCUCCAGCAGAAAUAAAUACCAAGAAGAAGAAAAUAAGUAAUCUGUGUGGUGCUUCUGCCACUGCAGCAGGUAUUUGUGACAUAGGGAAAUUCCUAUAAAAUAUUUCAAAAGAAAUCCUGGUGUUUAGAUCUACCAUCUUAAGUAAUUGGGGCCUGAAAACUGCUUUUUUUUCAGCAUUAAAGUCAGCUCUUGGACAGGUGUGGAAGUUGCAGGGGGGUGGAGUUAAGGCUGUUUGAAACACUGCACUUGUAGAUUUCAGAGCUACUUUUCUCUUUCUUCCUGCAGUAUUUCUGACAAAAUGUUUUGCAAGGUGUUAAGAUACCUUGAUGUUUAGUUUAGUUUAGUUUAGUUCAGUUUAGUUUAGUUGUAACUACCUUUUAGCCACGUGUAAAGGAGCUUCUAUGCAUAAUCACAACUAAAUAAAUCCACAUUCACCUCUAUCUUGCUAGUACUAAUUUUAGCAGCUACGGAAGCUAUUGAAUUACGCAAAUACUUAAUACCAUUGUUAAGAUUUUUACUUCAGCGGGAACUGGGUAUUUCUUCUUUGCCUCCAAUAAAUAAUCCAAAAGAAGAAAA